AUGAAGACGACAGUGCGUUCAGCUUAUGAGUUGGGAAUUAAAGACUGGUGCAAAGAGGUGAGCUAUGAUCUUCACAAGAAAAUUCUUACUGCCUUCAAAACCGCUGAGCCACUGCCUUGGCCCCCGAGGGCUCACAAUCUUCAUGACCCUAAGGAGGAGAUUCCACCAGAAGUGUUACGAUUCAUUUUAAACAUCAUCUGUGGAGGUAAGAAGCCGUCACAUCGGGAGGAAAGUCUGGCAUCCUCCAUUUCUCAGGACCUCUGCAGAGCAGCUACAUCAGGUCAAUGGAAGAUGAAAAAACACAUCUUGCUUUGUAUGACACUGCGCCAUCUCUUCAGAUCAAAGCGCAUCACCACAUUGAUCAAUAGGCUUGGUCACUGUGAGUCAUACACAUACUCAAUUGAACUUGAAACAGCUCUGGCAAAUUCAAUUGUCAAUAGUGCUUCAUUGAUCAGCAACUCAGAUGUCAUCAAGAAGCAGCCUGAUGGUGCAGUCUUUCACAGUGACUGGGACAAUUUCGAUCAGCUAGUAUCAGAUGUAUAUGGUGCAGGUUCCAUCCAUACUGCUGCAGGGAUCUACAUGCAAGACCUAGGUUUCUGUGAGGAUCCAGGCGCACUUCCGUCAGUACAGACCAUGCAUGAGUUUGCAGAUGCAGAAGCCCCCAUCUCUGCACAGCCUACACAUGACUUCGAGCCUACGCAGAUAUCGAGAUCUCUACCGCAGAACAAGAAACUUGAGGACUUGAAGAGAGAACUGGAGGCUUUGGGCAUUCAGCCCGAUGAGGACCGUAAGAAUGAGAAGAAACUCAAGAGGGAGCUGAGGAAGGUUCUCCUGAGGGAACUGAAGAGAACGGAGCUGGAGAGAGCCGGGAACGGAGGCGAGGUGGGCAGCAAGGAUGAGGCCGCUGAGGCUCUGAAUGGGGCCCCGGAGAGGGUGGACCCAGAGGCAGAGAAAGGAGCGGAGGAGCCUGCAGAUGGAGGAAGGGCAGCUGGUCUGGACAACGCUGAGCAGCAGGAUGGAGACUCGGCUGCAAAUGGUUCAAUGAAGGAGAAGGGUCAAAAGGAGAAAGUUGCCCUGCUUAUCGACCUACUGGGUGACAUGACUGACAGGGUGGACGAGGUCAAUAGUAUCCUGAGCGAGGCCGGAUGUGUUCUGAGGCUAGUUAAAGCAGCUGGGGUGACCAAUCCAGAGGAAAAGGACAUUGACCAGGAUGUAGUGGCUGUCCUGGAUGACCUGUUGGACAAGGUUGACUCUACUAUGACUCUGACAGGAGAGCAGCAGGGAGAGAAGGACAGUGAAGUAGUGGCCGUCCAUUCUGAUAUGGUAGCCAAGGUUGACUCCAUCUCAAAUCAAGCUACUACCAAGAACCACAGGAAUGUGGAGGACGCCACUGAAGUCUCUGCCGUGCUAAAUGACAUUCCAGAUGGGGUGGAUAAUGCUAUGAAUCUGGAAGCUGAGCAGAAAGCAGAGAGGGACCGUGAGGUGGAGGCCGUCCUCUCUGAUGUUUUAGCCAAAGUUGAUUGUGUCUCAAAGCAACAAAGAGCAAGAGAGGAGGGAACAGCUGAAGCAAUUUCUGUUCUUAAUGACCUCCUGGAUGGCGUAGCCUCUGCUUUGAAGCUAAAAGAAGAAAAGCAGGAAGUGAUAUCCGAAAUAAAGACUGUCCUGAACAACAUUCUUGAAGACGUGGACUCUAAACUGAAUUUGACCACAACACUGAAAGGAGAAGAGAAGGAGGGCACGUCUGUGGCGAAGGCUGUGCUUACUGAUCUCUUGGACAACGUAGACUCUGCUCUGAAGCAGGACAAAGGUGCCACUGAGAUGGCCCACAUAGAGCCUAAGGGUAUUCUGGAUAUGGUGGACACUGACCUGAAUCUGAUCAAAGAACUGGAUGUGGUUAGAAAGGAGGAAAAGGAGAAAACUGAGGCUAUGCACUUGGAUGGAGGUGAAGCAGCACAUAACAUCAAGCUGGACAUGGAACUUCUUGAGGGUCUGCCACUGGCUCAAGCUGGGCACCUGAGUGUAGGAGAAGCUGCCGCCAAAGACAAGAUGGUGGACAAAGAAGCACAGGAAGAUGAGGAGAGUGUUUUACCAGCCGAACACAAACACAAACGCAAGACGAGGAGAGGAAAGCGAGGCAGGGGAGCCAAGAGAGGAGCUAAAGCUAAAGAGACCAGGGAGAGUGACCACCCAGGCGGUCAAGACGUAGACAACGAGAAAAGGAAGGAGCCCGAGAGGCAGGGCGACCGAGCGGGAAACAACGUGCUGGGGAAAGACCAAUGGAGACCCGCUGCUGUGGACAGGCAGUGGAGGGGACAGAGGUUUGGGCCCAGUGGACACAGAAAACAAUCCAGCCAUCAGCCUGUCCGAGAGGACAAGAAGGGAGAGAGGGUGGAGAGGCAAAGAAAACCACCAACUGAGAGAGGACAGAGGCGCGGACAGGAGGUGACCACCCCAGCACAGAGGCACGGGAACAAACAGCCCCAGGACAUGGGAAGGAACCGAUUGAGAGAGAGAGAUAACACAGAUUGGAACGGAAGGAUGGAGAGAGGAACCAGAGCUUGGUGGAACAGGGCCUGGGAGCAGGAGAGCCAGGCUGAGCAUGGCUGGUAUGGUAGAGAUGGGUACUGGUACUGGGCUGGCCCGAGGAGAAGACCUGCAGUGGACAGGAGAGACCGAGGAGGAGACCUGCAAUAGAAGACCGCAAGCAGAGGAAGCACAGUCAUGAUUAGCCUGCCUGAUAAGGCUGCUGCUGCUGCUGGAUCUUGUAGAC